AGCCGAAGCAUUGCUCAGAGAGAGGACGCCCCGGUACCGGACCCUCCCCCCGGUACCGGACCCUCCCCCCGGUACCGGACCCUCUGCCGGUUCCAGGCAGCAGGAAGGACAUUUACUCACCGUGCUUCAGGGGGGACAAGCCCCCCACCUCUUCAUCCUCUGCUUCUUGACUUGUUUUUCCUCUCAGCGGAUCGGAUUCGUUCCUCCUCAGAGGUGAAAGUAAAAACGCCCCAUGGGGUGAAGGAGGGUUUGUGAGGAGGGUGAUGAAGACGAGGACGUCGUGGUGAAGGAGCGUACUGAUUGAACUCUCAGGUAACCAUGGUGACGGAGCAUCUGCCCUACUGGGCCCAGCAGGACUCCGGCGAUGGUCUGGUCCACAUCAAUGUCGGCGGUCUGAAGAGGAGCCUCUGCCGCAGCACGCUGAGGAGGUUCCCCAACACACGGCUGGGAAAGCUGCUGUCAUGUGACUCGGAGGAGGACAUCCUGCAGGUGUGUGACGACUACGACGUGCAGCAGAAGGAGUUUUAUUUUGAUAGGAAUCCGGGCCUCUUCACUUACGUCCUCCACUUCUACCAGACGGGGAAACUCCACAUCAUGGAGGAGCUGUGUGUCUUCUCCUUCAGUCAGGAGAUAGAGUACUGGGGCAUCAACGAGUUCUUCCUGGACAGUUGCUGUAGUUACCGUUACCAUGACCGCAAGCUGGAGGGCAGCCGCCAUCACACCUGGGACGAGGACAGCGAGGUGAGCAGCGUAGACACGUCGGUGGACGAGAUCUCAGACCUAAACCGAGACAUGCUCCACUUCCAGGAAGUGCGUCACGGUAACGUGAGGAAGUGUCUGUGGUUGACUCUGGAGAAUCCGGGUUACUCCCUUCCCAGUAAGCUCUUCAGCUUGGUCUCCAUCGGGGUGGUGCUCGCCUCCAUCGCCUCCAUGUGCAUCAGCAGCAUCCCGGAAUACCAGACCUUUGAUGAUGAAGGGAAGUUAAUGGAGGACCCCUCCAUGCAGGCUCUGGAGGUCUUCUGCACCUGCUGGUUCACCUUCGAGGUGGUGACCCGGCUGCUUCUCGCUCCGAACAAGAGGAAGUUCUUGCACCACCCUUUGAACAUCAUCGACCUGGUGUCAGUCGCUCCGGUCUACGUCACCCUGCUGUUUGACACCACUGUGGGAUCCGAGUCCCAACUGGGAGUUCUGGGACGACUCGUACAGGUGUUCCGCUUAAUGAGGAUCUUCAGAGUUCUGAAGUUGGCCCGACACUCGACGGGUCUCCGCUCCCUGGGAGCGACUCUCCGGUACAGCUACCGAGAAGUCGGCAUCCUGCUGCUCUACCUCGCCGUGGGAGUGUCGGUCUUCUCCGGCAUCGCCUACACGGCCGAGUACGAGGAGGGCGUCGGUCUGGACACCAUCCCGGCCUGCUGGUGGUGGGGGACGGUCAGCAUGACCACCGUCGGCUAUGGAGACGUAGUUCCCCGUCACGGGGGGCUGGGAAGCUGGCCGGCGGGCGGCUGCAUCCUGGGCGGCACGCUGGUGGUGUCGCUGCCCAUCACGAUCAUCUUCAACAAGUUCUCCCACUUCUACCGGAAGCAGAAGGCCCUGGAGGCCUCGGUGAGGAACAACCACCGCAGGAAGGUGCGGAUGAGCUGCGAGGACGAGGAGGACGACGACACCGACGACAUGGAGGAAGACAUCGACGACGAGGACGACGUAGGCGUAGUCAACUACAGCUACGUGGAACACCCAUCCUACUCCUCCCUCCUGAAGAGGAAGGAGCUGCCGACCGACGUCCUGUUUGUUUCCUCUGUGGAUGCCGUCCUUCUCCCGACCAACGUUUAGUUACCUUAAAAAAACAACGUCGAGCGCCGAAACACCCAAUAGAACAGGAAGUAAACAGGAAGUGAUCAGAGGGAACCAGGAUAAGGGAUUAGAACGUUAUUUAUCCUGGGUGAAUUUAGCUGCCCCCCCGCCAGACAAACGAGCCUUCUUAACUGCUAAAAUCAGUUUAGAUAAAACACGUGAGCAUCGUAAGUCACCAUCUGCAAACUGUUUACUUAACAAAAUGGUUUGAUAUUUUAUCUCGACCCAGGGCUGUCAAUAGAUUAACCAAUUAAUCGCACAUUUUGAAAUUCAUUAAUCACGACUAAUGAAUGUUGUUUUUAAUGAAUGUUUUUUUUCUUCUAAAGACUAAAUCUUAAAAAUAAUGCGUAAUCACUUUAGAAAGUGUGUAUUAUUUUAAACCCAUAACUAACAAACUCUGAAUUCCACCAGGUAGAACUUGUUGAGCACGUUGAACUACGACUCUUCCUGAUGUCCUCGUCACUUUGCUCUCAACUCGCCGUCAUUUAGCGGCUUCGUUCAAAGUGACAACAAUGUCCUCACAUUUAGCAGGACAUUUUCAAACCAUCGUCUUUUAGGGACACAGUGGUGGUCCUCUGCAGUCUGCAGAGUGUGUUGAGAUGGAAGUAGCUUAGCAGCUAGCUUAGCAUAGCGGUGCUUUAAGUGGCCCGUUUGUCACCCACCCCUUCUGUUUGACACGUGGAGUAAUUCCUCAGCUCACUUCUCUGCUGAAUGUCGCGUCUCUGGUGGUUUUACUUCCAAUGCAAAAAGCUCCGUCUCGAUGUAACUGACUGCAGCGGCCGCUUGGUUUACGCGCCAAUUUGGCUUCAGCUGAUUGCAAAAAUAAAAAAACAUCAUAGUAAAGUGAGAAUGAAGGAACAAAAGUUGUAUUUGCUGGAUAAGAUGAGAAAAAAGAAAAAGGUGGAGCAGAGGAAGAGACGGAGAAAGGAAGUGAUGCGAAGAAAAGGAUCAUUGAAAUGAAAUACUAUUAAUAUAACAUAAUAGUAAUGUAACAAUACUAAUAAUGGUGGUAGAAUAUAUAAUAGUUAUCUCACGUCUUUGAUUCUUUGAAAAAUGCCAGAAACGAUUUUAACAGCAAAAACAAACAAGUGAUUUAAAUGCCCUCAGUUUUUAUUUAAAUCAACAGAACAAAUAUCAGUGAUGUGAAACAAACUUCCACUGAAUUAUUCAAUGCAGAAUAGGAAGUUCAGAGCCAAACCGUGUGUGAAACAAGAAAAAAAAACUAAACAUACAAAAGAAUUAAAGAAAACAAAUCUGAAGAAACGUUUGUAAUCCUUGAAAUUAUAUUUUUUACACCAUUUUCUCCAGAUUUCACCGUCUUUUCUAUGGGGAUUGCAAUUUUAUGUUCAUAUGGUUUGUAUUUGUUGAACAGAUUUACUAUAAAACAUCUGGAAAUAAAAGUCUAAUCAUCAGCGGGAUUAGACCCAUUAAGUCUGA